AUGUGCGGGGGCUGUGUGAAGACCGAGUACCCGUCGCGGGUAAGGGGCGUGCGGAGGCAGGGGCGGGCAGAAGGCGCCCUCUCCUUAAUGACGCCUCUCUCCGCAGGUUCACGAGAAUGACCCGCCCCCAGCUUGCUCCAGAUCAGCUUGGCACCCGCCACUCUAUAGGCUGCCAUGAAGCCAUCGGGUGUUUCUUCCUUUAUUGGCUUAAUCUAAGGCGGGCCUCGCCUCUGGGCCCGUCGGAUGUGCUGCUCCGUUAGAUCUGGGCAGCUACAGUCCGCUCUCGCACACGGGGGUUUAGCGGGGUCUUCCAGGUCAAAAGGUGUGACUUGCAACCUCUACCCACUUCUUACAAAGUCAGGCCUGUUCCGCGCCCCCCUCCUCGGUGCUGCGCUGUUCCCACCCAGUGUCUUCACCUUGGUAAUGAUUUGUUCGCUUUUAAUUGGGACAUCCGAUGCCCCAGGCAGCUGCAGGAAGUCAGAUUCAGAGUAGGUGGGUGGAUUUGCGUUGAGAACGACUAAUCAUAUUUGUGCAGAAUACUGAAUGACGGUAUUUUGGGUGGUGGCUGCACCCCAGUUUCCUGCAGGAAGGGUACAACCCUAGGUUAGCCUAUCCAGCCGUGUGCCAUCACCCCAGCCACAGGGCCAGUGGUCAUGGAUGAUGGAAAUUGUAGUCCAAAAUGUCUGGAGAGUGCCAGUUUGAGAGAGCCUGGUUUAGAACUUUUGAAAUUCCAGAAAAGUCUCGCCGCUGAACUCAGUAAGUGUCUAGAGUUGCGGUUUACAGGUGACACAGUGGUUUUAGGUUAAGGUUACCAGAUUUUUUUCAAUGAAUCCGGGGACACUUUUCAACUUCCUACUAAAUAGAUCGAUUUUGUCAGGGGAGUGAUUUGUAAAUCCGGGGACUGUCCCUGGGAAACGGGGACAUCUGGUAACCUUAUAUUAGGUUAUAGUCUAUGAAUAUAUUUACAUAUAUUAUGUUAGGAUAAUUGAGAAUAUGUUUGUAAAGUAAUUCAGUAUUACUAGCCCCAUAUGGUCUAUGUGGAUGGCUGGAGGGAAACAGACAGGCAUUGGCACUGAAAGACAGUGGCUUGCCUGAGACCACUAAAUGUUUGUGGUUAGCCUAAAACUAGAACUGGAGAGGCCCAGUCAUGCUAUUAACAACUUUUACAUCCUCUGUUAGAGCAAAACUAGAUUUUACACCUAGUAUAUAAAUUGUGUCUGUUAAGUUUCCACCUUCAUUGCUAAUAGCAAUGAUGGGAUUUAUGUAUGGAAAUCUGUGUAGCCCUGAAUCAAAUCAUCCCAUUGCUGAAUUUUUAAAAAGAAAAAAGCAUUUUGUUCUAGUUGCAGAACUCCCAUGUAUUGCAUAAUUUGAAAAUUAAAUGAAGCGUUUAUAAGAAGAGAGCAUUGGUUUCAAAAUAAUAAUUUUGUUCUUCUGAAUGCCUUAGGGUAACACCUGCUUGGAGAACGGGUCCUAUUUGAUGAACUACGUGGGUUGCAUUGAAUGUAAAAAAAAGGAUUUCGUGUUGAUAACAAACAAAGUAGCAGAAGAUGAUGAUGGAGAGGAAAUUAUCACUUAUGAUCGUAAGGAGGCUGAACUUUUACCAACUGUACAGACGUGCUCAGAGCUUAAGAGGCUCAUUCCCAGAAGCCUGUGUGUUGAAAGCUGAAUAUGUUCAGAAGAAGCACUUUUUAUGAUGGUUACAUUUUCAAAUAGGUGGUAGUGAUCCACUGUGACAUGGUGCUCUCCAGGAUACUUUUUGCAGCUGAUGGAGGUAGUCAUUUUCAGUUGUAAGCCUAAGUACGUGACCAGAUUCUCUCGGAAUUGUGGCUGCUACUGAAAGAAAACCUAUAUUCCCAUUUCUUUUCAUCUGGCUCUUGGGGAAAUCUGUCUCUUGCAGUGCCAUUCUGGCUACCAGCCCUCCUCUUAUUUAUUUCCUAUAGCUUCCAAGAAUGGUUUCUAUCCCCAUCUCUUUCACUAUGCUUGAAAGCUGCUUAUUUAUUUUAUUUCUUUAUUGAAUUUAUAUACUGCCCUAUUCUCACUUGUCUUAGGACGAUUCACAGAAUAAAAAUCAAAAUAUAAAACCACAAAAUACAUAAUCAAAAUAAAAACAACAACAACAACCCAAUAACCCCCCCUUCAGUGAAAUUGCUUGGAAAUGUAAUGCAUGCAACUUUGGGUGAUGAUUGAAUGAAUGAACCAGUAUUUCUCUUGUGUUACCUGGCUAGUGCCACUCUUUAGAAACCAAAUCAGCCAUCUUCAAGUCAUGUAGAGAUGUAAAAUUUUCUAAAUAAAUUUGUCAUAAAAUUGUGAUGGCAGUGAAAGAUUUAAGUUGCGAUUAGAUUAAUUACCUAAAUGCAGAGGCUGUAAAAAGCAGCCGUGUUCAGCAGCUGUGGCAGUGAAAAGAAACGUGUUCUUUUGGAACAUCAUUCUAAGAUUGGAUUUAUCUUCCUGGAUUUUGCUACUUGACUAUUCAAACAAUUUUAAAUGAGCAACCAAGUGUCAAACUGCGCUGCUUUCCCCUCCAACUUCUCGGUACACCUCUGUUGUUCCUACUCCCCUUUUUCGUAGCUUCUGCUGCUACAAUGGCUGCUUCUAGCUGGAUGGGCGUUGUUAUAGUAGCUACAUAUGUGCAGCUUCUCUCCUGUCAGUUUGGACAGUGGUAGUGAUAGAAAAAGCAAAGUGAACAUAGUAUGAGAAAGCAUAAAUAAUGGAUGUGCACCCCCACAUGCUUAUGUGUGUGGCAGGCCUAACAAAUGUCUUCCUUUGGAUUCCUGUCUAACUGGGUGAAUAUCUUUUUGAAACAAGGGGUUGAUUCAGAGCAUGAGCAUAAUUGGGGCCUAAGUGGUCCUGCUAUCCAGGCUAAUGAUCUUUUCUAAAUCUAUUGGUUUUCCUUUCAGAUGUAUGUAAGAACUGUCACCAUGUGAUAGCCAGGCACGAAUAUACUUUCAGUGUAGUGGACGAUUACCAGGUAAAACGCUUGCGACAUUCAUUAGUCUCCUGAAACUUGUUUGCUUGUUUUUGUGUUAAGCUUCUAUGUCACUAAGAUGCAAGAAGUAUUGGGAUCCAAGGUUGCAGUCCUGUGCAUACAUAUCUGGGAGUAUGCCUCAUUGAACAUACCAGGAUGUAUUUUGAAUACAUAAGCACAGAAUUGUGUUGUGUAUAGUUGUAAUAUAAAAUUUCCAACUCUUUGGGUGGGGGGAAAUCUAAAGACCAUGUGUGAUUUGCCUGAUAUGCUUCUGGGUUGUACUAGCUGCAGAAUAUGUUGCAGCUGUUACACUGCUUACAGGUAUUCAUUCUCUCUGUGUGGGUUUUAACAGUCUUUCAUUUGAGAAAUAUGUCAAGGCACUAUGAGGUUCAUAUUAAAUGACAGACUAUCCAAUAGAUACUACCAAACUUCUUUGUCAGUUAUGUUUUGCAUAGGGGGGGGUGUUGCUUUGCUGAUAGCCUCUAAUAUAAAGAUAACUCUUAAUGUUUUACUCAGUGAUGAUAAGUGCUAUUGCUGUCGCUGUCAACUGUAUUUUUUCCUUUUUUUCUUUUGUUUGCUUAUGUAAACAGUGUGUUUUCAAAAUGUGUGCCGAUGGCAGAUGGCAUAAUUGCUUACAUUCUGCAUGAUGUGCAUAGCAGUAUUUAGCAUCUAAUACAGACUUGCUUUUUAGAAUCUCUGCUUUCAUUAUAUAUGCAGACAUGCAAGUUUCUAGCCCUCAACCAGUUGAAAGAAAAGCAAGGGGGUAAAGUAGAAGGUUUUUUUCCUGUGCUGGCCCAGGCCCACUCUGCACUCACUCACCCACACUGAAAGCCAGGCUUUAGAAGAGUUGGUCAGCUUCUGAGCUGUAUGUUCCUGCGUGUAACUUCCCAGACCGAACACAAUGUUGUAUCUCUGUCUCCCUCUGCUGGGCGGAUAUUGGAUCUUUGUUAACAUUCUCUCAGAUAAUUCAUUAGUCCUUAUGACUCAUGCACUUGGUAGUUCUUAUUAAAUUUUCAACUAGAUGGUUACACAACCCAGUACUACCUCCUGGGUCGCCACCCGUCCUGCUCCCAGUGACAGCCACCACAGUUUCCAUUAUAAUAAAAUCCUCUCACAUAGGCAUAUUUCUCUCUUUUUCUUACAUGAAUUCACCAAAAGUAGAUGAUAAAAAGAUAUGAUCAGAAGUGGUAAAGGUGGGCAUAGUGGGAAGGAUGCAGAUUAAAGAGCACUGAUUGUAAAGAGUCUUGGAAGAUCUGGUGGGACCCAUAAGGAGCUUCCAUUGUGGCUCCUUGCUUUAAGUAAAAAGUCUUGUGUUCAGUUUCUGCAGUUAUUCUGCAUUGCCAUGUCUAUGUGCUGUCCAUGGUUAAAAAACAAAUUAUAGAACUUUGGGUCAAGAACUGUUGAAUUCUGCACUCUAGCUCUUGCAACAGUUAAGCAAAUAUGCAUAUACCGUAUUUUUCACUCUAUAAGACGCUCCAGACCAUAAAGUGCACCUAGAUUUUGGAGGAGGAAAACAAGAAAAAAAAAUAUUCUGAAUCCCAGAAGCCAGAACAGCAAGAGGGAUCUGGCUUCUGGGAUAGCCUCUGGCUGUUCUGGCUUCUGGGAUAGUUGCGCCAAGCCUCUUCAGGGCAGCGGGAUGAAGGCUCCCCCUGCCCGAAGAGGCUGCGCGUGGCUAAGGCAGAAGCCAGGACAGCAAGCGGGAUUGCCGCACAGCGAUCCCAGUUGCUGCCCUGGCUUAUGGAAUAGCCGUGCGCAGCCUCUUCUGGGCAGCAGGAUGAAGGCUCCCCCUGCCCGGAAGAGGCUGCACACGGCUAAGGCAGAAGCCAGGAGAGGCGCUUCGCUGAAGGGGCGCCGCGUAGCUCUCCCUCUCUGCGUAGCGCCCCUUAAGUGAAGCGGGAGGAGGAACAGAAGGAGCCCCUUCUGUUUCUCCUCCGGUUUCGCAGGACAGGUGCGUCACUGAAGAGCGCUGCACAGUUCUCCCUCUCUGCGCAGCGCCCCUUCAGUGAAGCAGGAGGAGGAACAGAAGGAGCCCCUUCUGUUCCUCCUCCCGCUUUGCAGGACAGGCUCGUCGCUGAAAGGACGCUUCGCAGUUCUCCCUCUCUGCACAGCGCCCUUCGCUCCAUAAGACGCACUCACAUUUCCCCUUACUUUUUAGGAGGAAAAAAGUGCGUCUUAUGGAGCAAAAAAUACGAUACUUGCUUUUUUGUAUACUUGGGUCUCUGGUAUAAUUCUGAGAAGGGACAGGGAAAUAUAGAAGCCUGCUUUUUUGUCUACUCUCCCCCUAUUCUGGCAUUGCCUGCAAAUUUUAGAGAUUGUAUUUGUGACCAUAAGGAGAAGAAACUCAACAGGUUUUAAAAAAAUGAGAUCUGAGGUUUUUUGGAUGCUAAAGACUACACCCAGUACUUCAUUUCAUUUUCAUAGUGUCGCGCUGGUUCUGAGCAGCUGCAAUUGUACAGGCAUGUCUUCACAAUAAAAAAAGAAGAAGUAUUGGCUCAUGUAGAAGCAAGUUCUAACAAACAUGGCUUCAAUAUGAUGUGACAUGGGCAAACUGCACAUUAAAGGUCUUGGUUUGUAAAACAGCAGCAUUCUUUGAUGACCUGGAGACUUUCUAUUGUAGUUUUCAACUAGGUAGAUGCUAGAUUAGCCUGAUGGGGCCUGGCCCGUGUUAUGGGCAGCAAGUGUUUUCUCUCACUCUCCCAAUGUAUGUUUUGUCUCUUGUUCUAGGAAUACACCAUGCUGUGCAUGCUCUGUGGCAGGGCAGAAGAUUCUAUCAGUGUCUUGCCAGACGAUCCUCAUCUGAUGACUCCAUUGUUCUGA